AUUUUCACAGGCACCAGCAUGACUAUGACCGAACAUAAACCUACAAUUUCCAUAGUUGUAGCAGCAUUAAAGCCAAAGUAUGGUAUAGGAUACCAGGGUAAGAUGCCUUGGAGACUCCGUAAGGAAAUUCAAUAUUUCAAGAAUGUCACCAGCAAAACUACAAAGAGUAAUGGGAUCAAUGCAGUUAUAAUGGGGAGGAAGACCUGGGAGUCCAUACCUAAAAAGUUCCGUCCCUUGCCUGAUCGUAUCAAUAUUGUGUUAUCUCGAUCAUUCAACAAUGAGACUAUUGAUGAUUCGGUGAUUCACGCUGAUUCCAUUGAGAAUGGAUUGAAGUUGAUCAAAGGGAAGAAUGUCGAUAAGGUGUUUAUUAUUGGUGGUGGUGAAAUUUAUAAUAGUGUAAUUGGCAGUGAACUUGUUGACAACUUGUUGAUUACUGAAAUUGAACAUACUGACCCAGAAACCGUUCCUAUGGACACCUUUUUAAAGUUUCCAGAAGACAAGUGGGUGAAGCAACCAAAAAGUGAAUUGGAAAAGUUUAUUGGUGAACCGGUAGAUGAAAAUAUUACUGAAGGUGAUUAUGCUUAUAAUUAUACGUUAUGGACAAGAAAAUAAUAUAUAUAUAUAUACAUAUACAUACACACACUUACUCAUUGGAAGUGGUUAAAUCUGAAUCAACAUCAAAUACUUUUAAUCUUGAGAUAAUUCUAUCAUCAGCUUGUAAAUCUUGAACCCAUUCUGAAUUACGUUCUUUACCAGUUUUAACCCAUUUCUUGGGCCAUUCUUUCUCUUCAUCGGCGGCAAAAUCAAGAUCGUCCUUGGUGAAUGGUCUAGUUUUGUUCAUGACAACACCCGUUGCCUUUGCCCCGUAGUCAUCGGCCAACCAUCUCUUGGUGAAGUAUCUAUAAAUUUUAAGCGGGAUGGUGGUGAACCCAAUCAAGUUUGGCACUUUGAAUACAUAUAUUGGUUGUUCGAAAAAUUCGGGAAUUCCUUCACUGGUUUUAACGACUCGAGAAAUGUCCAAUUCUGGGGCGAAGGAAGCUUCUGCAUAUUGUUCUGGCUUGAUCCAUGGUUUAGGGACUGGCUUCAAGUUUGGUUCUUCAUCGUCGGAAUCUUCUUGUUCGGCUUUUUCUUUUAAUUCUUGUUCUGCUUUCAACUCUUCGUCAAUAACAAAUUGUGGUUUGGUUAAUGGACCUAAUAACCCUUCAUGUAAUCCGGUGAUGUAUUCUUUGAAUGCCCCACGGCCAAUACAAACGACACCACCGGCAAUGUCCAGGUCUGAAUCUUCUGGAUGUAAUUCAACCUCACUAGGGAAGAUCUUGUAUAACCCUAAUACGUCUUUGGCUUUGUACAAGUCGGAGCGACUGACAAGAACUUCUUCGGCGUCUCCACUAGACACGGGAACAACCGGUUUCACAUCUGGUUCAGUUGGUUGCUCCAGUUGAGCUUGUCUUAAAUUUCUGAUUCUUUGAGCAACCGCAGAUCUGAUAUCCCCUUGUCUUGUUUCGCUAAAGAUUUCAAAAUCCAAAGCACUGGCAUUCAACACUGGUUUAAUGAACUUUUUAAACAAUUUCAAAGACUCAUCCAAAAAAUCAUUUGGUGGAGGAGCGAUAUAGAUAGUUAACUUACGAGGCAACUUUUCUGUAGUGUAUGUGACAUGGCUCAAAGGCUCGACUUUUUCCAUCCAUUUAGCUCUGAUUUGCUUUUGUUGGUACUUGUCAUAGGCUAUUCCCCCACCAAUUGAGGCAAGGACAGUCCAGAAAAUCAUCCAGUUACGGGAAGGCAAUGAAAGACGAGGGAUACCCAUCAUACGAAGGGCAGGAUUUGACCAUCCUUUCUUAGGAGGUUUUGUUUUGGUAGUAGUAGCUGCAGUUGCAGCUGCAGCUGGCUUGUCAGUUGGUGUUGUAUCUGACAUUACUGUGGUGAUGGGAU